AUGGCCCGGGCCGGCGGCUCCAGCGCGGCCCCGGCGGCGGCGCGGGCGGCGGGCGGCGGGCGGCCGGAGCCCUGGGAGCUGUCCCUGGAGGAGGUGCUGACGGCCUACGAGCAGCCCCUCAACGAGGAGCAGGCGUGGGCCGUGUGCUUCCAGGGCUGCCGCGGGCUGCGGGGCGCGCCGGGCGGCCGGCGGCGCAUCCGGGACACGGCGGACCUCCUCCUGCGCGGGGACGGCUCGGUGGGCGCGAGGCCGGAGCCCGGCGACGCGGAGCCCACAAUGAUGGUGGUGUCAUCGGCCAGCUGGGAAGCCCAGAUGGUGCAGUCCCUGGGCUUCGCCAUCUACCGCGCGCUGGACUGGGGCCUGGACGAGAGCGAGGAGCGGGAGCUCAGCCCGCAGCUGGAGCGGCUUAUCGACCUGAUGGCCAACAGCGACUGCGAGGACGGCGGGGGCGGCGCCGCGGACGAGGGCUACGGGGGCCCGGAGGAGGAGGAGGAGGCCGAGGGCGCCCCCCGGGCCGUCCGCACCUUCGCGCAGGCCAUGCGGCUGUGCGCCGCCCGCCUCACCGACCCCCGGAGCGCCCAGGCCCACUACCAGGCCGUGUGCCGCGCGCUCUUCGUGGAGACGCUGGAGCUGCGGGCCUUCCUGGCCCGGGUCCGCGAGGCCAAGGAGAUGCUGCAGAAGCUUCGUGAGGACGAGCCACAGGCAGAGCAGCCCCUGGCCGAGCUCGACAACCUGAGGCACACGGACUGGGCCCGGCUCUGGGUCCAGCUCAUGCGGGAGCUGCGCCACGGAGUGAAGCUCAAGAAGGUGCAGGAGCAGGAGUUCAACCCUCUGCCCACUGAGUUCCAGCUCACCCCCUUCGAGAUGCUGAUGCAGGACAUCCGGGCCCGAAACUACAAGCUGCGCAAGGUCAUGGUCGACGGGGACAUCCCGCCACGGGUGAAGAAGGAUGCCCACGAGCUCAUCCUGGACUUCAUCCGCUCGCGGCCGCCGCUGAAGCAGGUCUCAGAGAGAAGGCUUCGGCCCCUCCCCCAGAAACAGAGGACCCUGCACGAGAAGAUCCUGGAGGAGAUCAAGCAGGAGCGGAGGCUGCGCCCGGUGGGGGCCCAGCACUGGGGCGGCCGCGGCUUUGGCUCUCUGCCCUGCAUCCUCAAUGCCUGCUCCGGGGACGUCAAGUCCACGUCCUGCAUCAACCUGUCCGCCACGGACGCCGGGAGCGGCGCCCAACGCCCACGGCCCCGGGUGCUGCUGAAGGCGCCCACCCUGGCGGAGAUGGAGGAGAUGACCACGUCUGAGGAGGAAGAGUCUCCGUGUGGGGAGGUGACGCUGAAGCGGGACCGCUCUUUCUCAGAGCACGACCUUGUCCAGCUGCGGAGCGAGGUGGCCUCUGGCCUGCAGCCGGCCGCCCAGCCCCCGGGAGGCGUGGAGCCGUCCCGGGCCCGCGCGGGCAGUGUGCACACCUGGCGGCCGAGCGCCCAGGAGCAGGGUCCCUUCCCUGUGAGCGUUCAGUCCCAGGCUGACCCCAGCUCCCCCCGGCCCAGUGACCUGCGCUCAGCAAAGGACAGGCCGGAGCCCUCCGUGGCCGCCGACCCCAGUCACCUGUGGCUGGAGUUCAGCCACCCUGUGGAGAGCCUGGCUCUGACCGUGGAGGAGGUGAUGGACGUGCGGCGGGUGCUGGUGAAGGCGGAGAUGGAGAAGUUCCUGCAGAACAAGGAGCUCUUCAGCAGCCUGAAGAAGGGGAAGAUUUGUUGCUGUUGUCGAACCAAGUUCCCGCUGUUCUCCUGGCCGCCCACCUGUCUCUUUUGCAAGAGAGCCGUCUGCACGUCCUGCAGCGUAAAGAUGAAGAUGCCUUCCAAGAAGUUUGCCCACAUCCCCGUCUACACGCUGGGCUUUGAGGGUUCUCCGAGGGUGACCACGGCCAGAGCCACAGCCACGCCGCGAAGAGACGCCUUCCAGUCCCUGCAGAGACCCCAGUGGCAGAGCGUGGAGGAGGAGUUCCCGCACAUGUACACCCACGGCUGUGUCCUGAAGGACGUCUGCAGCGACUGCACCAGCUUCGUGGCCGACGUGGUGUGCUCCAGCCGCAAGAGUGUGGACGCCCUUAACACCACCCCUCGCCGUGCCCGCCAGACCCAGUCCCUGUACCUCCCCAGCACCUGGACUCUCGACUUCAAGUGA